AUGGCCAACGCAGCCCAGUGUUACUAUUGCUUCGAAAGCCUAUCCUCCUCCUUCGAGGACCACAACCUAAUCAACCUCGCAGCCGUAGAAGCCCUCUGGGAACAGCAUGAACAAACCAAGAAACUCUCAAGUCUUGGAUCCCGAGCCCAAGCGGAUUGGGACACGGAAGAAGAGGACGACGCAUCAGGUCCGCCUUUUUCCGUAAAUGACGAGCCCCAGACAAGUAUUCAGUCCAAGGGUCUGAAACCGCCCGCCGUCAGCCGCCUACAGAGUCAGACAUCCUCAUCCACUUCAUCCAGCGCCUCCAACACCUCUUCCAACUCGCUCUUGUCUAGCUCUACUGCCGCUACGACCCCAAGCGCCCAGUCUGGGAGCCUGGGAUCGGACUCCAAGUCUGAUGAGAAAUACCCGUUAUUCGUAACGUGGAAUACCAUCUCACGGAGUGGUAGCAAGUCUUUGCGUGGGUGCAUAGGCACAUUUGAAGCGCAAAAGCUCGAGUCAGGGCUGAAGUCCUAUGCUAGAAAUUCGGCUUUCGACGAUACUCGCUUCUCUCCAAUACCUAAAUCCCUUCUUCCUGCUUUAUCAUGCUCACUGACACUCCUGGGCUCCUUUGAGCCCUGCACCAACCCCAUGGACUGGAACCUAGGCACACACGGACUCCGAAUAUCAUUCAUCCACCGCGGCAGACGCUAUGGUGCCACCUACCUGCCUGACGUUGCCGUUGAACAAGGCUGGUCGAAAGAAGAGACUGUCGAGAGUCUGAUGCGCAAAGCUGGCUGGGACGGCGGCGCUGGCGGUAUGGCUCGACGAUUAAUGCGGGUUGGGAGUGGUGAUUCUGGCGCUUCGAAACCCUGGGAUCAGGUGUCUGAUUUCAAGACUGUUCGUUAUCAGGGUCUCAAGGCGAGUGCGUCGUAUGAGGAGUGGCAGGAAUGGAGGAAAUGGGUGCUUUCUUUAGAUGAUGGCCGUGAUCUGUUGGGCUUGGCUUGA